UCGAUCUCCUGCAGCUUCGUUGCUUUCCAGUUACAACGAUUUCCUUCAUACUAUCUACUUGCAAAAUUAAAACUUGCAGAAAGUUGGACAGCGACAGAAGUGAAAGAGGAAUUAGAGAAAUGUCUGUCCUGCAGGAGAUUAGUCCAAAUGUAAGGAACAUGAUACAGUUAGAGUCUACAGUCCUCGCCAUACGAGCAAGACAGAUCAAGGAAGAGCUCAGACAGAAAGUGAGAAAGCCAUACAAAGAAGUGAUAGAUGUCUCCUGGGGCGACCCGCACAGGGCAGGAGUGAAGCCUCUGUCAUUUGUCCGGCAGGUUCUUUCAGCAUGUCUUUAUCCUCAGCUGUUGAACAGCGACACACUGCCAGUGGACGUCCGACAGAGGGCUCAGACGCUGCUUGCGGGAUGCGACGCAGGGAGUGUCGGUUCUUAUACUGCUGCAGCGGGUAUAUCAGAAAUAGUCUGCAGAGUUUCUGAAUUCAUAACCAGACGAGAUGGUGGUGUUCCUUCUUACCCUGAACACAUAUUCAUCAGCCCCGGCUCACAGUGGGCACUCACGUCCAUUCUCAACGUCUUGGUGAACAGCGAGGCUUCCCCCAGAACAGGUGUGCUGACUCCAGUGCCAUGCUACUCCACUGCCACUUUGUCCAUCAUGGGUCUGGGAGCAGAUAUCGUUCCCUACUACCUCAGCGAGGAACAGGGCUGGGAGCUGCAGGUGGAGGAGCUGCAUCGAGCGCUGGACUCUGCUAAGGGAGCCUGCAACCCUGUAGCUCUGUAUGUCAUCAACCCUGGAAAUCCCACAGGUCAUGUUCAAAGCAGGAAAUCAAUGCAAGAGGUGAUCCGGUUGGUUGCAGAGAAGAGGUUAUUCCUUCUGGCUGAUGAGGUCUACCAGGACUGUGUUUAUGGGGAAAAUAGCGAGUUCGUCUCUUACAAGAGGGUUCUGGCUGAGAUGGGUCCUCCUCUUUCAGACACAGUGGAGCUGGCAUCCUUCCACUCCGCAUCCAAAGGCAUCAUGGGAGAGUGUGGUCUGCGUGGUGGAUAUGUGGAGCUGGUAAAUCUGGACCCCGCUGUUAUGAAAUACAUCUACAAACUGUUCUCGACAUACAGCUGUGCACCUGUGUUGGGCCAGAUUGCCCUGGAUCUGAUGAUGAACCCUCCACAACCAGGAGAUCCCUCAUACCCACUUUAUAGUGAGGAGACACAACACAUCAGGUCCACGCUGGCUCAUAAUGUAAAGAGGGUCUUUGAGGUAGUAAACAGUCUGCCGUGUUUCUGCUGCCAGCCAGUGGAAGGAGGAGCAUUCGCCUUCCCCAGACUGCAUCUUCCACAUAAAGCCAUUGAGAAAGCCAAGGAAAUGGGAAUGCAACCAGAUAUGUUCUACUGUGUCAGACUACUGGAGGACGCCGGUGUGUUGGUCAGUCCUGGUCAGGAUCUCGGACAAAAGGAGGACACGUACCACAUCAGAUUUUGCAUUAUGACCUCUGAGGACACCAUGGAAGAAGCGCUGAGGCGACUAUCCAGCUUUCAAACACAGUUCAUGAAAGUCUUUUCUUAAAUCAAGUCCUCUCUUAUGUUCAGUUUAUCUUCUCAUCUAUGUGCAGUUCAAUAAUUCAUUUAAAACAAUAAAAAGGAUCGGACCACU